AUGCUGCUGAACCCCGUCACCUCCACCCCCUUCUCCGUAGACGACAUCCUCAGGCUGGAGCGUGAGCAGAACGAUGCCAAGACUCCGUCACAAUGGGAGUUACACAGGAACCUCGAAAAGCCUCAGUACCAAACAAUGGACCCGGAAUCCGGAGGGACAGUGAGCGGCAACAGGGCCCAAACUAGAUCAGACCCUUUUGGAUGCCCCUGGGAGAUGGAGCCUGAGACUCCUCCGCGCGCGACCGCCCCGCUUGGAGCUGGGAACCCGAGGAUGGAGCGCGGUGUGGGCAACGGCAGUGACAACGUACACCCGGGGCUCGCCAGGACGCGCCCGCGGCGGAAGCCCCGCGUGCUGUUCUCGCAGGCCCAAGUGCUGGCCCUGGAGCGGCGCUUCAGGCAGCAGCGGUACCUGUCUGCGCCCGAGCGCGAGCACCUGGCCAGCGCGCUGCAGCUCACGUCCACGCAGGUCAAGAUCUGGUUCCAAAACCGGCGCUACAAGUGCAAGAGGCAGCGCCAGGACCAGACCCUGGAACUGGCGGGCCACCCGCUAACACCCCGCCGGGUGACAGUGCCCGUACUAGUGCUGGACGGCAAGCCCUGCCUGGGUCCGGAAGCCUCCGCCUUCCCGGGUCCCUAUGCGCCCCAUCCUUGUUUCGGGGGCUACUCGGGCACUCCCUACAGUGCUAGUUACGCAGGCCACUACAACGGCGCCGGCCCCGGGACACUCACACCACUGGCCAGCUCUGGCUUCAGUCCAGGUGGCCCGAGUGCUGCCCCGCAGGGCCAUCUGCCCGCCACGCUACAGGGAGUCACGGCCUGGUGA